AUGCGGGCCGUGCUCUGGGACCUGCUGCUGCUGUGGCUCUGCGCCCGCGCGCGCGGCGACUGCCGGGGGGACUGCCUGCACUGCGAGCGCCUGCCGCAGCGCCACCGCCUCGACCUGCUCAUCUGCAUCCUGGAGUGCGAAGGCCAAGCCGUGCCCCGCGCCACCUGGGAGCUGUGCGCUGCCGCCAUCCGAGGGGCGCCGCGGCCCCGCCGCCUCUCCGGCCGGCCCUGGCCCUCGGGCACGUCGCCCUGGGCACAGCCCCAGCACGAGGAGGAGGAGGAGGAAGAGCAGGAGGACAUUUCCCGGCGGCCGGGAGAGCUCCGGGCGGCCAAGGGGGUGCAGAAGAGGUACGGGGGCUUCAUCGGGGUGCGCAAGUCGGCGCGGAAGUGGAACAACCAGAAGAGGUUUAGCGAGUUCCUGAAGCAGUACCUGGGCAUGGCGCCGCGCUCCACGUUCCGGCACCGCCUCCCGGCCCGGCCGAGGCCCAAUUAACCCAAGCCCGCCUCGGGCCCGGCCGCGCGCGCUCCCGGCGGGACCCGAAGCGCUUCGGCUCCGGAGCCCCGAGGCCGCCAAAGCUCCGCCCGCCACGAGCCGACGGCUCCCGAGCGCUCCCGAAGGCUCCCGAGCGCUCCCCCGAAGGCUCCCGAGCGCACCCGAGGGCUCUCCUGACGUUUCCCGGGCUCCCCCGACGGUUCCUGACGGUUCCCGAGGGCUCCCCACACGGUUCCCGUCAGAUCCCACCGGUUCCCGAGGGCUCCCCCGACAGUUCCCGCCGGCUCUCGAGCGCUCCUGAGGGAUCCCCAGACGGUUCCUGCCGGUUCCCGACGGUUCCCGAGGGCUUCCGAGGGCACUCCCCGCCAGAUCCCGACCGCUCCCGAGCAUUCCCCUGACGGUUCCUGAGGGCUCCCCCAACGGUUCCCGCCGGUUCCCGAGGGCGGCCCCUACCGGUUCCCGAUGGGCUCUACCAGUUCCUGAGGGCUCCCCCGCCGGUUCCCGAGGGCUCCCGACAAUUCCUGAGGGCUCCCCCGACGGUUUCUGCCGGCUCCCCGAGAGUUCCUGAGGGCUCCCCCGCCGCUUCCCGAGGGCUCUCCCACCGCUUCCCGAGGGCUCCUGAGGGCUCUUCCGACGGCUCCCGCCAGAUCCCGACGGCUCCUGAGGGCUCCCGCCGAUUACCGGGCGCUGCUCCUACCGGUUCCCAAGGACUCCCCCGACGGUUCCUGACGGUUCCCGAGGGCUCCCCCGCCGGUUUCCGAGGACUCCUGAGGGCUCUCCCGACGGUUUCCGACGGUUCCCGAGGGCUCCCCCGAGGGCUCCUGAGAGCUUUUCCGACGGUUUCCGAGGGCUCCUGAGGGCUUCCGCCGGUUACCGAGCGCUGCCCCUACCGGUUCCCGAGGACUCCCCCGACGGUUCCUGACGGCUCCCGAGGGCUCCCCCGCCGGUUCCUGAGGGCUCCCCCGCCCGUUUCCGAGGAUUCCUGAGGGCUCUCCCGACGGUUUCCGACGGUUCCCGAGGCCUGCCCCGCCGGCGCCCGAGGGCUCCUGAGGGCUCCCGCCGAUUACCGAGCGCUGCCCCUACCGGUUCCCGAGGGCUCCCCCGGCGGCUCCUGAGGGCUCUGCCGACGGUUUCCGACGGUUCCUGAGGCCUCCCCCGGCGGCUCCCGGCGGCUCCUGAGGGCUCUCCCGACGGUUUCCGACGCUUCCCGAGGGCUCCCGCGCCGGCUCCCGAGCGUUUCCGAGGGCUUCCCCGAGAGGUCCCGAAGGUUUCCGAGGGUUCCCGAAGGUUUCCGAGGGUUUCCGAAGGUUUCCGAGGGUUGCCGAGGCCGCCGUGAGGGCGGGAGGAUCCGCGCGGAACCGGCGCCGAACGCGAGGGGAGGAAAAUGGGAAUUUUGCCCCCCAAAAUUGGGAUUUUUGCUGAAAAAAAUUGGGAUUUUUGUGGGGAAAAAUGAAUUUUUUCUGGAAAAAAAAUUGAAUUUUUGCGCCCCCUCCAAAAUUCUGAAUUUUUGCAAAAAAGAGAGGAAUUUUUGCCCCAAAAAAGUGGAAUUUUUACCAAAAAAAAAAUCAAAAUUUUGCCCCCAAACCGCCAGACAUUUUGCCAGAAAAAAAUAGAAUUUUUGCAAAAACCAAAAAUCGGAA